CGGUUGCCCACGUCCGCUCCGCUCUGCUCCUGAAACACACACGCAAGCCUGUCAUUGCUGCCCGCCACUAACUAACACUCAGCGACGAUGCUACCCUACCUGGAGAUCGAGUCCUCCCGCUCAAAAAGAGAAGCUGACAUGAGCGAGGCGGAGUCGCUGGGUAGUAGCAGCGGCUCGGACGAGAUCGCGUUCUCGCAACUGCUUGCUUCUGUCGCACGUCCAAUCCCGCAACCGUUUGUCGCUUCACCGUGGGGCUCAGCUGUCUCACAGCCUAUGCUGGGCGGUUCAUUCGGACUGGCACCGACCCCUCCGCCCAUCAAUGACCAGGUGGUGAAGUGUCCGCUUUGCCAGGAGCCUUUCCGCGAACCAAAGGUCCUUGCCUGCUUCCACUCAUUCUGCAAGGCUUGCCUCGAACGACAAAUUGACUCUGCAGAAAAAAUCGUUUGUCCACAGUGCCACAUGGAAACACAGCUCAGUGUCCAACUUGGCCUCGAUUCUCUCCUCUCCGACUAUGGUCUUGAGGCUGUUCUUUCUCGUCCUAACCUAACCGAAGAUAAGGGAUUGCUGUUUGGUUCUCCCAGUUCUACUUCCUCAUCACCUCCCCUUUCCGACUCACCUUGUGAUCAGAACUCUAACACAACAAACCGCUCGGCAUGUACUGGAUGCAAGUCCGGAGAACGUGCAUCCCAUUACUGCCAAGAAUGUACUCACUAUCUUUGCACCAACUGCACGAUGGCCCAUCAGUACAUGCAUUGUUUUGAAGGACAUCGUGUCGAAGCCAUCUCACAAAUUCAGGCACCUGCUCCUCCAUCCAGCGCCGCUUCUGCUCACGAGCGUGCCUGUAAAUGUUUGCAGCAUCGUGCUCAGCCUUUGCGCUUUUUCUGUCUCACCUGUAAUCUGGCUAUCUGUCGCGAAUGUACGCUUGUGGAACAUGCACAACCAUCUCAUCAGUAUGAACCCAUCAGCGAGGUCGCCGACAAGCAGCUCAGCACCAUGGAGCUGCUAGUUAAUGAAGCGCGCAAUAAACACAUUGAGCUGUUGGAAAUGUUCAAACAGGUCGAUUCCUCACAACAACGUCUGAGUGCAAGUUUGAGCCGUGCUCACUCACAGCUCGAUGAUAACGCUAAUGCCCUCGUGCGCAUCAUCGACGAGGCACGCAAAGCUGCCGCCAAAGAAAUUGAUACUGCCUUUUCAGCUAAGCAGAUUCAACUCACCAUGGUCGAUAAGCGCAUCCAACAGAUGACCGAAAAACUUAGUCAAACCAUUGAUUUCACUACCAGACUAGUCAAAUAUGCAUCUCCUACGGAAGUUAUGGUGUUCAAACAACUGCUAGACACCAGGCUUCAAUUGUUCCUAGCUUUUAAUCCAGACGCAUCAAAUGCAUUGGGUUCCUCGUGUGAGCUAGAUCUUCCUCCACUGAACGUGGGCAGCGCCCGACAAGCCAUCCAAAGCCUACUCGGACAGGUCCGAGGAGGUGCUGCAGACUGGAGUGGACAAGCUAGUUCACAAACAGGAAUGCCUCCCACGCCGAUCGGCAGACCGCCAAGCAGACAGCUUGUGCGCUCCCCGCCUCAGGCACACAGUGUUCCCCUUGCGCCAAAUGUGUUCUCUGAGCCUAACAGCUUCCUUCGUCCGAGAAACGAAUUUGGUGGCUCUAGUCAAUCCCUUGGGAAUUUCGCCAGCGACGUUUCAUCCUCUCUUGAAGCCUGUGGAGUUCCUGUCUAUAAUUAUGAUAAGUGGUCCAUUGGAGUGGAGCCCAGCCUGGGCAUGCUUGAGCCUGGGAAUGUUGAAGAUGAGAAAAUGGGACCUUUGUAUCCGCCAAGUCGAUCGCAAAUAAGUCGUCAGAAGAUGAUUUAUCACUGCAAGUUUGGCGAGUUCGGUGUCAUGGAAGGGCAGUUCACGGAACCAUCAGGUGUCGCUGUAAACGCUCAGGGCGAUAUAGUGGUUGCUGAUACAAACAACCAUCGCAUCCAGGUGUUUGAUAAAGAGGGGCGCUUCAAGUUCCAGUUUGGCGAAUGCGGCAAACGUGAUGGCCAGCUGCUUUACCCUAACAGAGUGGCUGUUAACAAAAUGACUGGUGAUUUCGUGGUUACUGAAAGAUCCCCAACGCAUCAAAUCCAAGUCUACAACCAGUAUGGACAAUUCUUGCGAAAAUUCGGCGCUAAUAUUCUCCAGCAUCCACGAGGUGUUUGUGUGGAUAGCAAGGGACGUAUUAUCGUCGUCGAAUGCAAGGUGAUGCGAGUCAUCAUUUUCGACAUGUUUGGAAAUAUCCUGCAGAAGUUCAGCUGUUCUCGUUAUCUGGAGUUUCCGAACGGUGUUUGCACUAAUGACAAGAACGAGAUACUGAUUUCGGACAAUCGCGCACAUUGCAUCAAGGUGUUCUCCUAUGAAGGGCAGUUCUUGCGUCAAGUUGGAGGUGAAGGCAUAACCAAUUAUCCUAUUGGUGUAGCUAUCAAUGCUAUGGGCGAUGUCGUUGUAGCAGAUAAUCAUAACAACUUCAAUCUAACUGUGUUCUCGCAGGACGGCGCUAUGAUUGGUGCUCUCGAAUCCAAAGUAAAGCAUGCACAAUGUUUCGACGUUGCUCUGGUGGACGAGACCAGCGUAGUUCUGGCUUCGAAGGAUUACCGCCUCUACCUCUAUCGUUUCCAACGUAGUGCCGGUGGUGUGCAGCAGUAGAUGUUCAUCUGUCGGUGCCACAAUAGUAUGAAACGGUAGCCAGUGCGCGCACUGGCUCUGAAUUGUCACAUCUCCUCUAGAAUUUUGAAGCUGUGUAUUGUCGACU